AUGUCGUCCCCAAAAUUGGAUGUUCGCCAUAUCCAAGAUAUGAGCAAGGCGACAGCAUUAGAGCCUCAUUGGGGAUACUAUGAUCGCGCCCUCCCUUGCACCAGCGAUCCAGGAUCAUGCGAGUAUCUCGACAUCGUAUAUGAAUCCCAUGACCUGGGAAUGUUAUAUUCAGGCAUUAUGUGGUGUGUUAUUGGCGCAAUUUUGCUCCUCUGGGUCAUCCUGAACCAGUUCAAUACACCAACGAUAUCACCAGCACUGGCUGCGCCAAAACUCGCUGGGCUAUACAAAGUCCGCCGCUCUGUUGCUUCAUUAGCCCGGAAAUAUCUCUUGCCUGACGCAGCUCGGCUGAUCUUCGGCCGCACAACACGCCUUCAAGUGCUUACCCUCGCUCUGUUGGCUGGCUAUCUCUUGAUCUUCAGCUUUGUCGGCAUUCUCUACAACACAUGGGUCACCCCCGUCAAAAAGAUGCCCGGUGUAUACAAUACCCGCAACAGUAUCGGCCCAUGGUCAGACCGCAUCGGCACCCUGGCCUACGCCCUCACCCCACUCUCCGUGCUCCUAAGCAGCCGGGAGUCCUUCCUCUCUCUCAUCACUGGCCUGCCAUACCAGAGCUUCAACUUUCUCCAUCGCUGGCUGGGCUACAUCAUCUUCCUGCAAAGCUCCCUGCACACAAUCAGCUGGUGUGUCGUCGAACUAAGAAUGUACCAACCACAACCCACCGUUGGACUCGAGUGGGUCACUCAGACAUACAUCGUCUGGGGCCUCGUCGCCAUGAUCCUCCUACUCCUACUCGUCAUUCUGAGCACACCAUGGGGAAUCAGACUGACCGGCUACGAGACCUUCCGCAAACUCCACUACAUCCUCGCCAUGGUCUACAUCGGCGCCUGCUGGGCCCACUGGAAACAACUCAAAUGCUUCAUGUGGCCCUCCCUAAUCUUCUGGUUCCUCGACCGCGGCGCUCGUCUCGUCCGCACAGCCCUACUACACUAUCACCCCGACCACACCGGUACUCUCAAUCUGGGCUUCAAGCCCGCCGAAGCAACAAUCACCCGCUUCCCAGACACCGACCACGGAGACGUCAUCCGUCUCGACCUACACAACAACCAAGACCCCUGGUCCAUCGGUCAACACUACUACCUCUCCUUCCCGAAAAGCAGCAUCUGGCAAUCCCACCCUUUCACACCGCUCAACCUGCCCACCGUCUCAAAAGGCACGGUCCAACACUCCUACAUCCUCCGCGCAAAAAGCGGCGAAACAAAAAGGAUCGCCGACCUCGCAACCACAACACCCACAACACCCGUCAUCCUAACAGGUGCAUAUGGCGAGUCCAUUACAUCACACUUAACACCAUCCACCAAUAUAAUCUGCGUCGCCGGCGGGACCGGCAUCACCUACGUCCUGCCCAUUCUCCUCAACCUCGCCCGCGAACAGCCCUCCCCAGACCGAAAGGUCGAGCUCAUCUGGGCCGUCCGCCAUACGGCGAACACAGCCUGGAUAGCAGCCGAGCUGGAUCUGCUCCAGAAAGCGCGGAACAAGUUGAAUCUCGAGAUAAGAAUUUUCGCCACCCGAGAUGCGGGGAGUAAAACUCCCUCGAUUGAGAACUCCGAUGAGGAAAAUUGUAAUCUGGAGAUUCCAAAGGUCGAGGAGAAGGUGCAGGUUUCGCCUAAGUCUGUUUCUGCGUGUUGUGGAUGUGAGAAACCUCCUGGUAUUGAGAAGCUUGGUGGCGCGGCGGAUGAUGUUAGCAGACAUCCUGAUCUGCCGCAGUUGGUUAAUGGGUUCUUGGAUCAGACGGUCCGGGGUCCGACUAGUGUUUUUGCUAGUGGGCCUGGUGGGAUGAUUACUGAUCUGAGGGAUAUUGUUGCUUCUUGUAAUUCUGGUGGGAAGGUUUGGAGGGGAGAGGAGAGGUUUGAUGUCAGUCUUGUUUGUGAUGAUCGUUUGGAGUGGUGA